AUUGUCAUCUGACUGAUGCGGUGAUGCCAAACUCACGAUGUAGAUCGCCUUAUGCCGAUCUUCCACCUACAAAUCAUUUCCUCUCCAAACGCUGCGUUUCAUCGAUCUCUAAGUUCAGUGUACCUGUUGUGAGAACUCUUGCUUUUGAUUUGAUGCUGGAGUCUGCUAUAUGUGCACUCCAAAACUUGUAGCUGUAUGGAUCUUGGAAGUGGUUGCUAACUGAAAUUUCAGAUUCGUAUGGAGUUUCAGAUUCAUACACUGCACUGAGCUGGGCAACUAAGGGGAGGAUUAACCUCAAGUCUUUUUUGUAAGAUCUGUUUUUGAGUUUCAUAUAAUUGUGUUGCUGAUCUUGCAUCUGAUAUUGGUUUUUGAUCUGGGAGUUCUGAGUGCUGGAUCAAAUUGUAUUGGUUUGUGGAUAGAGAAUGGCAUGGUUUAGCGGGAAGGUCUCUUUAGGAGGCUUUCCAGAUCUGGCUGGGGCCGUGAAUAAGCUCAGCGAGAGUGUGAAGAAUAUUGAAAAGAAUUUUGAUAGUGCUCUUGGAUUUGAAGAAAAGUCUGAUCCAGGUGGAGAAGUAUCAUCAGGAUUAUGGCCUUCAGCCAUAGCAUUUAUGGGGCAAAAAGGUUCAGAAGGUACUACUGAAUCUUCAGAACAACCUGAAUCUUCAGAACAACCUGAAUCUUCAGAACGACCUGAAUCUUCAGAACGACCUGAAUCUUCAGAACAACCUGAAUCUUCAGAACAACCUGAAUCUUCACAGCUUCCGUCUUCAGCUGGAGAAAAACAAGAGGUGGAGACUGUUGGGUCCACCCAUUCUCCUGCUGAAGAAGCUGCACCGGCCAAAGAAGGGAGAGAACCAGUCCAAAUAGAAAAGGAUCAUGUGCAUCCAGGCAUCUCGGAGGAGGGAACAGAUAUUGUAAUUGCAGACUCCAGAAAGAAUGAGUCUGAUUCACAAUUGGUGUUGGCUGCUCCAUCUGAAUCCACUGUUGAGAGUGUCGAGUCAAUGGAUUCCUCUAAUUACAUCCAACAGGAAGCUAGUUCACACUCUGUGGAAGCCAACUCCCAAGCCGAUGAAAUUGAUCAAGUUGAGGGUAGCAUAAUUAUACCAGAUGAAUCCCAUAAGGUCGCUGAUUUGCAUGAGAGCACAGGUGAGCAGAAGACAGGGGUGAAUGAGAUUGUGGAUAAAAUUUUACCCAUUCAAACUGAAGCAUCAAUUGAUAGCAAGGCUGGGAUUGGGACUGAGCUCUCUGCUUCACAUUCUGCUACUAUUAAGGAAACUGAAAGUGCUGGUGAACUCUCUGAGGAUCACUUACCUACUACACUUCCUUCAUAUGUGGCUUCAGAAACAGUUUCUGAGUUGGUUUCUCAUGAAAAUGAUGUAAUUGCUAAAGCAGUUGAUCCGCAAGCCCAUGAUUACAACACUGACGUUAAGGAAUCAGCAUUUGGCUCAGGAACCAAUGUGUCUGACUCUGUGGAUUCUGCUGUUGAAGUUGAGAAGUUGAAGUUGGAGAUGAAGAUGCUGGAAACUGCACUCCAGGGGGCUGCAAGACAAGCUCAGGCAAAAGCUGAUGAAAUUGCAAAGCUGAUGAAUGAAAAUGAGCAGCUAAAAAUUGUAAAUGAGGAUUUGAAGAGAAAAUCCAAUGAAGCAGAAACUGAGUCUCUGCGAGAGGAAUACCAUCAAAGAGUAGCAGCUCUUGAAAGGAAGGUAUAUGCCCUUACUAAGGAAAGGGAUACACUACGAAGAGAACAUAGCAGAAAAAGUGAUGCUGCUGCCCUUUUGAAAGAAAAAGAUGAAAUAAUCAACCAAGUUAUGGCUGAGGGUGAAGAGCUUUCAAAAAAGCAAGCUGCUCAAGAGUCUCAGAUUAGGAAAUUAAGGGCACAGAUUAGAGAGUUUGAAGAAGAGAAGAAAGGAUUGACAACCAAACUACAGGUGGAAGAGAAUAAGGUGGAGAGUAUUAAGAGGGACAAGGCAGCAACUGAGAAAUUGCUGCAAGAAACAAUUGAAAAACACCAGGCAGAGCUUGCAGCUCAAAAAGAAUACUAUACUAAUGCUUUGACUGCAGCCAAGGAAGCUGAAGCAUUAGCUGAGGCACGGGCUAACAGUGAAGCCAGAACUGAACUAGAAAUUCGUCUAAGAGAAGCUGAGGAACGUGAAGCCAUGCUGGUUCAGGCCCUUGAAGAACUAAGGCAAACGCUAAGUAGAACAGAGCAGCAGGCUGUGUUUAGAGAGGACAGGUUCCGCAGAGACAUUGAGGAUCUUCAAAAGCGUUAUCAAGCUAGUGAACGUCGGUGUGAGGAGUUGAUCACUCAAGUUCCUGAAUCUACUAGGCCUCUUUUGAGGCAGAUUGAAGCUAUGCAGGAGACAACAGCCAGAAGAGCAGAAGCUUGGGCUGCUGUUGAGAGAUCUCUGAACUCUCGACUACAGGAGGCGGAGGCUAAAGCUGCAACUGCUGAGGAAAAAGAGAGAUCUGUAAAUGAACGCUUGUCGCAAACCUUAUCUAGAGUAAAUGUCCUUGAAGCACAGAUUUCAUGUCUUAGAGCAGAACAGACACAGCUGAGUAGGUCUCUAGAAAAGGAGAGACAGAGAGCAGCUGAAAAUAGGCAGGAGUAUCUAGCGGCAAAAGAGGAAGCUGACACUCAUGAAGGCCGUGCAAACCAGCUAGAAGAAGAAAUCAGGGAACUCAGGAAGAAACACAAGCAAGAGUUACAAGAUGCGCUGGCACACAGGGAACUCUUGCAGCAGGAACUUGAACGGGAGAAAAAUACACGUUUGGAUUUGGAAAGGACAGCUCGUCUUCAGUCUUCUGCUGUAUCCAAUCAAACUCCAAACAAAAAGCAGAGUUCUGGUUUUGAAAAUGGAAACUUGACUCGCAAACUUUCAAGUGCUAGCAGUGUAGGCAGCAUGGAGGAAAGCUAUUUUCUGCAAGCCUCUUUAGACCCAUCUGACAGUUUAUCUGAACGGAGAAACCUUGGAGAGGCAACCAUGAGUCCAUACUAUAUGAAGAGCAUGACACCUAGUGCUUUUGAAGCUGCCAUCCGUCAGAAGGAGGGUGAACUUGCCUCAUACAUGUCUCGUUUGGCAUCCAUGGAAGCCAUCCGUGACUCUCUUGCUGAGGAGUUAGUUCAAAUGACAGAGCAGUGUGAGAAAUUGAGGGCAGAAGCUGCCUUUCUGCCUGGCAUCCGGGCAGAGCUAGAAGCACUAAGACGGAGGCAUUCUUCUGCAUUAGAGCUAAUGGGUGAACGUGAUGAGGAGCUGGAAGAACUCCGUGCUGAUAUUGUGGACUUGAAAGAAAUGUAUAGAGAGCAGAUAAACCUGCUUGUGAAUCAGAUUCAGAAAGCAAGUUCAUCAACAGUCACCAUCUGAUAAGUCUACUCCUCACUCUGGCCUAUUCCAGCAAGUCAUGAUAUUUUGAUGGUAUACUUUUCUAGUAUAUGCUGUAAAUUGCUAUCUCAAGAGUGUUUUCUACCAUACAUCAUUCAGAGAUCGCCUUUUUUCCUCUUCAAAGAGAUCGGCAGCGGCCUUAUCAGAAACACAUUUGUCAAACUUUAUGUUGUACUAUAAUAUUGUAUAGCAUGAAUCUCUUUAAGGUUUUGGCAUUCUUAAGCUUGAAAGACUGAGUUUUCCCAUUGGUUUAAUAAUUAAACAAGAAGAUCUCAUUCAGGACGA